AUGGCCAUGGGGUAUAACAACCUCAAGGCUUUCACUGGUUACUUUUACAGGGACAAGGGUGCCCUUCCUCAGGGUGUAUGUGAGCCUAAGGCCCUUAAGAAGGCUACAGUCACUCUGCCACCUGGUGUUCAGGAGUGGGUUACUUUCAAUAUACUGGAACAUGACCCUGAAUCUGAUUGUGGUAAGAUCCUUGUUUUGUGGGGACGCUCAGAGACAGGGAAGUCAGCCCUGGCUUGUUCUUGGGGACAUCACAUUAGGUUCAGGCAGAACCUCAACUCUGAUGAGUUUAGUGACCAUCCUAUGGUUCAGUAUGCAGUGCUGGAUGAUAUGGAUUGGUCCAAGGUUCCAUUAAAGAUGUGGGUGCAGGAAGACUUCAACUUCUGCACUAGUUACAGAUCAGAGUGCCAUUGCCAAUGGGGGUGUUCUACUGUUAUUUGUUCCAAUUCUAAGCCUUCUGUCUUUGCUGAUUGUAGUUAUGCCACAGUUGAUGGCAAGAAUUGGAUUGACACCAAUUGCACCUUUGUGUAUAUUGGUGAUAAGUUGUAUUAG